UUGAAUGUUAGCUAGCUUGAUGCUAUGUGUUUGCAGUUCUGACUUCUAAGUAGCAAAACAACGUAACGGCGGACUAUUCCACUCUUUUUUCGUAAAAAAAUGAGAUAAACCCAGUACUAUGUGUGACGCGAACUCGUUUUGGAAGUCGAGCGAAUAUAUUUGAGCUGCUCAAGUCUACAUUUCAGUGUUUUUUGUUUGUGUUGACAUAAGCAGCAAUAGAGGAGGCUCUAAUCCGAGUCACAAGACUAACACGGGCGGUCUUGUCCUACAGGCGCGACGGCGAUGGAGCACCGUGGUAGUUACAGUGGAGGUGGAGGUAGCAGCAGUGAAGACGAUGAUGAUGAGAUGGUGGACAUCGCCGGAGCAACGCUGGACUUUUCCUCCACGGAUGACGUCCCCCCACUCAGCUCAGGAGGUUUCGAGGACAGCAGCAGCAGCAGCAGAGGCGGCGCGAUGAACGGGAAUGGCCCCAGCCAUCUUGUGGACCCACUGGAGGACCCGCUUCCCGGGGUGGGCACCUACGAGGACUUCAACACCAUCGACUGGGUCCGGGAGAAGAGCAAGGACCGUGACAGACACAGAGAGAUCACCAACAAGAGCAAGCAGUCGAUUGUGGCUCUGCUGCUCAGCAUCAGCGACGCCUUCUCUGGAUGGCUGCUCAUGCUGCUGGUGGGACUCAUGGCAGGCGCUCUGGCUGGUGGCAUCGACAUUGCGGCCCACUGGUUGACGGACAUGAAGGAAGGUGUGUGUCUUGUGGGCUUCUGGUUCAACCACGAGCACUGCUGCUGGACCUCCAACGAGACCACCUUUCAAGAGCGUGACCAAUGUCCACAGUGGCAGAGCUGGGCCGAGCUCAUCACAGGGACCUCGCAGGGUGCUUUUGCUUACAUCGUCAACUACCUGAUGUACAUCUUCUGGGCUCUUCUCUUUGCUUUCCUGUCCGUGACACUGGUCCGGGCCUUUGCGCCGUAUGCAUGCGGAUCCGGUAUCCCAGAGAUUAAGACCAUCCUCAGUGGCUUCAUCAUCCGGGGCUACUUGGGCAAGUGGACCCUGAUUAUCAAGACCAUCACACUAGUGCUGGCGGUCUCGUCCGGGCUCAGCCUGGGCAAGGAAGGGCCGCUGGUACACGUGGCGUGCUGCUGCGCCAACAUUCUGUGUCACCUCUUCACCAAGUACCGCAAGAACGAAGCCAAGCGACGAGAGGUGUUAUCUGCUGCCGCUGCGGUGGGCGUGUCUGUGGCGUUUGGCGCUCCCAUAGGGGGAGUCUUAUUCAGCCUGGAGGAGGUAAGCUACUACUUUCCUCUGAAGACUCUGUGGCGUUCCUUCUUCGCCGCCCUGGUGGCCGCCUUCACUCUACGCUCCAUCAACCCGUUCGGGAACAGUCGCCUGGUGCUCUUCUAUGUGGAGUUUCACGCUCCAUGGCACCUGGUGGAACUAGGGCCCUUCAUCCUGUUGGGGAUAUUUGGAGGCCUGUGGGGGGCGCUGUUCAUCAGAGCAAACAUUGCUUGGUGUCGCAGACGUAAGUCCACCCGUCUGGGUCACUACCCUGUCAUGGAGGUGCUUGUGGUUGCCGCGCUGACCGCCCUCCUCGCCUUCCCUAACAGCUAUACCCGAAUGAGUGGAGCGGAGCUGAUUUCGGAACUGUUCAAUGACUGCUCGCUUCUUGACUCCUCCCAACUGUGCGGAUACAAACAGCCCAGCAAUACAUCUGAAACAAGUACAGGUAACAGCCUGGCGGAUCGUCCUGCUGGAGAAGGUCUCUACACAGCUUUAUGGCAGCUGUCCCUGGCCUUAAUUUUCAAGAUGAUGAUCACUGUCAUCACUUUCGGCAUGAAGGUCCCAUCAGGGCUCUUCAUCCCCAGCAUGGCGGUGGGUGCUAUAGCGGGAAGGCUGCUUGGCGUUGGCAUGGAGCAGCUUGCCUACUACAACCACGACUGGUUCAUCUUCAAAGGCUGGUGCUCGCCAGGUGCCGACUGCAUCACCCCGGGGCUCUACGCAAUGGUGGGCGCCGCCGCCUGCCUCGGUGGUGUGACACGCAUGACGGUGUCACUUGUUGUCAUCAUGUUUGAACUGACGGGAGGCCUGGAGUAUAUUGUUCCUCUCAUGGCCGCCACCAUGACUAGCAAAUGGGUCGCAGAUGCGUUUGGUCGGGAGGGAAUUUACGAGGCACACAUCCGCCUCAAUGGCUAUCCCUUCCUGGAGCCCAAAGAGGAGUUUGAGCACAGCAGCCUGGCCGUGGAUGUGAUGAGGCCCAGGAGGACAGACCCCACCCUGGCUGUGCUCACGCAGGAGGGCAUGACUGUGGGCGAGGUGGAGGCGAUGGUGGAGAGCACACACUACAGCGGUUUUCCCGUGGUUGUUUCCAAGGAGUCACCGAGGCUGGUGGGAUUUGUGCUAAAAAGAGAUCUGCUCAUAUCAAUAGACAACGCCCGCCAGCGGCAAGAGGGCGUGGUCAGCGCUUCCCAGGUGGUUUUCACCGAGCAUGCCCCCAGCCAGGCUCCCGAUGCCCUGCCCCUCCUCCGCCUCAGAGGUAUCAUGGACCUGAGCCCCUUCACCGUUACCGACCACACGCCCAUGGACAUCACAGUCGACAUCUUUCGCAAGCUGGGUUUGCGGCAGUGCCUGGUCACACACAAUGGGAGACUUCUGGGUAUUAUCACCAAAAAGGACAUACUCAAACAUAUGGCACAGAUAGCCAACAGAGACCCGGACUCAAUCCUGUUCAACUGAGCCUAUGGAGUGAAGAUGCCGUCCUUGCAGCUUUUUUUGCACACAGAACAAUGCUUUUGUUUGUAGGAUAAUGGCCAAAUUGUGCAAGUAUGAAAAAAAGCCAAAAAAAACAAUGACUCAUCCCCAAUUUCAUGUCUGAGCCAGACGGAUGUAAGACUCUGGAAUAUAUCACUUCUGCUCCAUUAUUUUGUAUGUGAAGGAGUGAGUGGCCCCCCUCUUCCUCCACCCCGCAAAGGAUUAAGGAGCAGAUAUUAUUCAGGAUGGGAAGAAUGCACAACGUCAGGACAGACAACGUUUGGGGAACUCGGUGCCUGCCCCGUGGCUGUCAGGCGAGCCCAGACAGAGCGCUCCGAAGCGGGGCUUGAUGGAUUCUCCAGGUGCCCCCUUCUCCUGUGAAUGCACGGGCCCCGGGGGCCAGUGAUGCGUACGGUGUGAGAAGACAUUACAGGGAAAUGAACUGACACAUAGAGAAUCAUUCAUGGAAUCAUCUAAUUUAUGUCCCACUAAAUUAUUUCACUGACUUAAAACCACUGUCUGUUUUUAUUUAUUCCUGUUUUACUUGGAAUUAAAUCCAUUAAGCUUCUU